UGUAUAAAACACUCAAAUAUUAAUAACAAUGGCGUCCCAUAACCAAGUUGCAUUACCUCUCCCUGUCCUCCCAGAAGGAUGGUCCGCAGAGAAGGAUUUCAAGGCCGUUGCUAGCAUUUCUGCUGCAACUCAGCGAAGUCUCGAACCUGUUGGUCCUCACUUUCUCGCCCACGCUCGCCGAGCUCGUCACAAGCGUACCUUCUCCGAGGAUGACCGUAUCGAGGCCCAAAACAAUGUCAAGAAGGUUGAGGAUGAUGAGCUUGGAGAGAUCAGCGAACCUGAGGACCCCAUGAUGUUGUCCCGGGAGGCCAAGGACUGGAAGGUAAAUUCAAUAAACACGUUCCUGCCCUACCGCACUUUUACUAACACGCGAUGAACAGAACCAAGAUCACUAUGCUGUUCUCGGCCUCAGCAAAUACAGAUACAAGGCAACUGAAGAGCAAAUCAAGAAAGCACACAGAAAGAAGGUCUUGAAGCAUCAUCCAGAUAAGAGAGCUGCCACUGGUGCCACUGAAGACGACAACUUCUUCAAGUGCAUUCAAAAGGCCACUGAUCUCCUCCUCGAUCCCGUCAAGCGCCGUCAAUUUGACUCCGUCGAUGAAGCCGCCGAUGUUCCACCACCAUCCAAGAAAGAUCAAAAGGACAAGAAACUCUUCUACAAGAAGUGGAGUCAAUGUUUCAAGGCCGAGGGUCGUUUCUCCAGGAUUCAGCCAGUGCCCAAGUUCGGCGAUGACAACAGCUCCAAGGAGGAAGUCGAGAAUUUCUACAACUUCUUCUACAACUUCGAUUCAUGGAGAUCAUUUGAAUACCAAGAUGAGGAUGUUCCAGAUGACAACGAGAACCGUGAUCAAAAACGACACAUGGAGCGUAAGAACAACAACGCACGCAAGAAGAAGAAGACCGAGGAUUCUGCUCGCCUAAGAAAAUUGUUGGAUGAUGCUUCCGCUGCCGAUGAGCGCAUUAAGCGAUUCAGACAAGAAGCCAGCAAGGAAAAGAACAAGAAGAAGUUCGAGAGAGAGGAGGCUGAAGCCAAGGCAAAGGCUGAGAAGGAAGCUCAAAAAUUGGCCGAAGAGAAAGCUGCUAAGGAGGCUGAGGAGAAGUCUAAGGCCGACAAGGAGCAAGGAAAGAAGGCCAAGGAGGCUGCCAAAGCCGCCGUCAAGAAGAACAGACGUAUCUUGAAGGGAAGUGUCAAGGACGCCAACUACUUUGCCGGAGAAGGAGACGCAUCAGCAAGUGCCAUUGAUGGUGUCUUGAACGAUGUCGAAUUGGUUCAAGGCAAGAUCGACCCCGAUGAGUGCGCCGCUUUGGCUGGCAAACUCAACGGCUUGAAGAUCGCAGAUGAGAUUAAGGCUGUCUGGAGUGAGGAGGUCAAGAGAUUGGUUGGUGCUGGUAAGCUUAAGGAGGGCGAUGCCAAGAACCUUGCUUAGGUCUUGUGCUAAUCUUGUACUUGUACAUGAUCGAGCGUUUUGGGGAAAAUAAUUAGAUAUAGAAUGAUACACUCAUGACUUACUAAAGAAUA